ACGCGGUUGCCAUGGUAAUGAACGCCCAAAGGGGCGUGUUGGUUUGUGAGUCGCUAGGGUUACUGGGCCUCAAGACUCCCUGGCCGGGGCGGCGGGGUCACCUAUGGGCCAGUCCAAAAGCAAACCCAAAGAGAAGACAGAUGAGGAGCAAAAGACGGUCCCUACCAAUUUUGUUGCAAAAUCUAAGGAGAAAGUAAUGGUAACGGAGUCCAAGCAGCUUGACAUGGAAGCCUUAAAUCAACCUGCCGACACCCUGCUGUUAGCGGCAGGGACAUCCAAGCACUCAAGGCCUUCCUCUUCCUCUGAAGACAAACCUGAUACAAAACAAAAGUCGAACAAGAAGAGAAGUGUCAUUCCACAGAUCAUCAUCACCCAAGCCUCGAAUGAGACGCUAAUGAGCUACGGCCUCGAUGAAAGUGAAGAACAGAGAACCAUUCAUGAACAGGCUGACUGGGGCCCUUACUACCGACACAGGAACCCCAGCACAAUAGCAGCCUAUGACAGACACAACACAGAAUAAAUGAGAGCUCCCGGGAGCUGUGAUUGUUUCCUGUGAUCUGAGUGUCAGCUAGGCUGACAGAAGGGCCACCCUUCCCUGUGUUGACACUGAAUGCCCUUCUCUGGUCCUUGAGGUUCUGUCUCAGCGCCUAUUUGAGUUUCCUCAAAGUCCUCAGCAUCUUAAUGGGGAGAGGGUGGCUGGCUCAGAGAGUAAAUGACAUGCCCCCCCCCCCGCCAAGUCUGCAGUAAAGGCUAGUCUGAGAUCUGUUAAGUUCAAGAGCAGAGAGGCCUCGGCUGGUGGGACACUAGCUUGACUGUCUGUACUGAAGACUCAAAAAAAAAAAAUGUAGUGUGUCCUUGAACUGAGCAGGGCAGCAGGAUACUUAGGAUUUUGGCAAUAGCCUGUGAAUGCUGUCUUGUUUUUCUGGCCCAUGGACGAAGGAACUUUAUAGAGAAGGGCCACUAGGAAUCCAAACAUGUGCCAUCUUUUCAGUUGACUCCUCCCUAGCAAACUUCAGGUCAGGCUGUAUCUUGAGAGAAUGCACCUACCAGCCUCUUUUCUUAUAUGUGGCCUAGUAAAAGUGUAUUUUCUUCAUUAA